AUUAUGUCCAUUGGAUAGUUGUGGCUUAUUAAAACAUUUUUCUAUUAAAAACAAUUUUUUUGAUACUCCACUUUUUUUUCUCUUCUUCUUUAAACACGACAAUGUCAGCUCCUGCAGAGACUCAACCCAAGGUUGAAAAGAAGCCCAAGGCUCCCAAGAACAAGAAUAAGGAUGUUAAUGCCAGCACUUAUCCUCUUGAGAUGACUCCUGCUCCUGAAUACCUUCAACACCGUAUCGACAUGUUUGAUAGAUUAAAGGCUGCUGCCGAUGCCGAAAUUGCUAGCAAGCCUCGUGAACCUAUCACUAUUACUUUGCCUGAUGGUACUACCAAGGAAGGCACUUCAUGGGAAACUACUCCCAUGUCAAUUGCUGCUGGCAUUGCCAAAUCUCUUGCUGAACGUACCAUUAUCUCUAAGGUCGAUGGUGAGCUUUGGGAUUUGGGUCGUCCUCUUGAAAAGUCUUGUAAAUUGGAAUUACUUGAUUUUGAAAAUGAGGAAGGUAAGAUGGUCUUUUGGCACUCUUCUGCCCACAUGUUGGGUGAAGCUUGUGAACGCCAUUACGGUUGUAACUUGUGUAUUGGUCCUCCAUUGAAGGAAGGUGGUUUCUAUUAUGAAAUGGGUUUGCAAGAACGUGUUGUGAGCCAACAAGAUUACCCCAGCCUUGAAGAAUUGGUCAGCAAAGUUGCAAAGGAAAAGCAACAAUUUGAGCGUCUUGUCAUUUCAAAGGAAGACAUUCUGGAAAUGUUCAAGCACAAUCCUUACAAGGUUCACAUCAUUAAUGACAAGAUUCCCGAUGGUACUUCUACCACUGUCUAUCGUUGUGGCCCUUUGAUCGAUUUGUGUAGAGGUCCUCAUGUUCCUCACACUGGUCGUGUUAAGGCUUUCACUGUUACCAAGAACUCUGCUUCUUAUUUCUUGGGUGAUGCAAAGAAUGACUCUCUUCAACGUAUCUACGGUAUCUCUUUCCCCGACAAGAAGUUGAUGACUGAAUACAAGAAAUUCAUUGAAGAAGCUGCUAAGCGUGACCAUCGUAAGAUCGGCAAGGAACAAGAACUCUUCUUCUUCCACGAAUUAUCUCCCGGUUCUGCUUUCAUGCUUCCUCACGGUGCUCGUGUUUACAAUGCCCUUAUGGCUUUGAUCAAGGAUGAAUACCAAGUGAGAGGUUUCACUGAAGUCAUUACUCCCAACAUGUUCAACUUGAAGCUCUGGAACCAAUCUGGUCACGCCCAAAAAUACAAGGAAAACAUGUUCUGUCUUGAAGUUGAUAAGGAAGAAUUUGCUUUGAAGCCCAUGAACUGUCCUGGUCACUGUUUGAUGUUUGGUCACAAGGAAAGAAGUUACCGUGAUCUUCCUGUUCGUUUUGCCGAUUUCGGUGUGCUUCACCGUAACGAAUUCUCUGGUGCUCUUUCUGGUUUGACUCGUGUCCGUCGUUUCCAACAAGAUGAUGCUCAUAUUUUCUGUCGUAUUGAUCAAAUUGAACAAGAAAUGGCUGGUUGUUUCGAUUUCUUGGAUAAGGUCUAUGGUAUCUUUGGUUUUGAUUUCCACUUGAAGCUUUCUACCCGACCUGAAAACUACAUUGGUGAACUUGAAGUUUGGAACAAGGCUGAAAAGAUGUUGGCUGAUUCUUUGGAUCGUUUCACUGCUCAAAAGGGUACCACUUGGGAAGUCGAUCCUGGAGAUGGUGCUUUCUAUGGUCCCAAGAUUGAUAUUGUUAUUUCUGAUGCUCUUCGUCGUAAGCAUCAAUGUGCUACUAUCCAACUUGAUUUCCAAUUGCCCGAACGUUUCAAGUUGGAAUACCGUACUGAUGGUAGCGGUACUGAAAAUGCUAUGGCUCGUCCUGUCAUUAUUCACCGUGCCAUUCUUGGUUCUGUUGAACGUAUGAUGGGUAUUGUGAUUGAACACUUUGCUGGUAAGUUUCCUUUCUGGUUGUCUCCUCGUCAAGUUCAAGUGGUUCCUGUUGCUGCUGCCUUCAAUGAAUAUGCUCAAGAAAUCGUCGAUCAAUUGGUCAAGCUUGGCGUUCAUGCUGAUGCUGAUUUAGGUGACAACACACUCAAUAAGAAGAUCAGAAAUGCCGAACUUGCUCAAUACAACUUUAUCUUUGUCGUUGGUGAAGUUGAACAAAACACUCGUUCCGUCAAUGUCCGUAACAGAGAUGAUGUUGGUACUAAGGUCAAGGGCCAAACUGUCCCCUUGGAACAAGUUGUUGCAAGCAUUCAAAGCUUGAAGGAAACCAGAAGUUUGGAGAAUAAGCUUUAAAUUAAUAACAUUGUAAAAAUAAAGUUUAAUGCCUAAAAAUAAGAUCCUUGUAGCAAACCAGGCUUUCUACUUUUAUCAAGUUAGCAUUGAGUAAAUAUUUUGAUCCAAGCUUUUUCCAGAUUGCUC